AUGCUGAUUGGUGAGGUGGCAUCAUUCACAGUGCAACCUGACCGAUUACUCAACUUUCCUGCUGUGAACAAGAAGCUACGUGAUUAUAUGCUAAACAAGACAGGAGAGGCCGGCAGCGCUGGUCAGCCUAAGCAUUGUUGCGGCUUGAUGAGCCUACGUGAACAGGGUGGUCUUGGCUAUCCCGACUUGGACGCACUUAUGGAACACCCAGAACCACUGGAGUUCAUCUUCGAUCUAGUCAAGUUAGUGUUACUCAGUUAUAUUUGGUCAUGA